AUGGACAAAAGACCGACUGCGGAAAAUGCCGACUGCGGCAUCACUGCGUCACAGAAAACGAAACGUAACAGUUUAGGUUUUACGCUUGAAGUUGCCGGCGGCACCACCACAUUGCUAGACUCCUCCCCCUUUAUCCACCUUCCCAUUUCUUUCGUCAAAGGCACGCACCCACGAUUCCUACGAUAUUGUACAUGGUUGGGGUUGCCGUAGAGGCUGGCGGAACUGCGCGGCGGUCGAACGCGGCCGAAGCGCAAGAUGCCCUCUCUGUCCAUCAACAACCCGAUGGAGGUGCUCCGACAGCGGCUCCUGCUGGAAGUGGCUCGCAAGCAGAUGCGCGAGGCUAACCAGCGGCAGGCCGUUGCCAACAGACUCUUCCUGCAGAAUGUCGGCAAACGAGGUUUUUGGUCCAAAUCUCUUUCACCUCGCUUCAACAACUAGAGCCGCCAGCCACGACCACCCCUUUAUGUUCGUUGCAUGCCGUCACCUCCGCUACGUUGAAAGUAAUAUUAAUAACAAACAUUAAUUAGAGAAAGAACCUGACAUGUCUACAGAUCACUGGCGUAUGUUUGUAACAUCCUAGUUAUAAUUCUUAGAAGCGGUUAAAUAACAAAUCAGAUUAAAAGAAAAUGUCAUUCAAACAAUUGCCGCCUCUAACUUAUUUAUGCGUAUUCACAAAGCGCAUUAAGGUUAUAAUUUAUUUUCUUCAUAUUACGAAGUAAAUAGAGAAUGCUAACCAGCUCAGCAUUCACUAAAUACAACAUAUUAAAAUGCUUAAUUCCAUUUGUUGUUUUAGUCAUAAGUUUGCAUAAAGAUUGUUCUGUAGAUUAUUAGGAAUAUUGAUUUUUGUGCCAAAUAGCUAUAAUUAAAAUUUUAUAGAUCCAGGUUUUUACUUUUAAUAUACAUAUGUUGUACUAUUUUUAUGUUUUCAAAUAAAUAACUAUACAUUAUGACGGCUAAUACUUACUUCUUAAGAAUAAAUAAUAAAUAUAAUUAACUCAAUAUUACUGGUACUUUUUAUGUAAUGUGUACAGUGUAGUUUUAUGCCCUGUGUACUUUUUGUUGUACUUCCAUCUCUUAUUAGCAUAGA